CAAUUGCCUCCCCAUUCAACAAAGGGUGUUUAAUCUUUAGACGUUAGGCAACUCUCUCUGGCUUAUAAAAAAAAGGCAACUCUCUCUGUCUCUUCACCCUAUAGAUCUACCUCAAUUUUCACAACCUUAAUUUCCUCUAAACAUGUUGAAAAGGAUGAAGAAUUUCAGUUUCCACGUUCUCACCGGAAGCUGGUUCUUGGUCUUUGCCUCUAUUCUAAUCAUGGCCUUUUCAGGAACAACCUACUUGUUUGGUCUCUACUCAAGCCAAGUGAAACACUCUUUGGGUUAUGACCAAACCACUCUGAACCUCAUCAGCUUCUUCAAAGAUAUAGGCACCAACGUUGGAAUCGUCUCGGGGCUAAUCAGUCAAUUCACCUCUCCAUGGGUGGUCCUCGCGAUUGGAGCCACCAUGAACCUCGUCGGAUACUUCAUGGUAUGGCUCUCCGUCACGGGACACGUCGUGAAGCCACAAGUGUGGCAAAUGUGUCUCUACUUUUACAUUGGGGCUAACUCACAGGCCUUUGCCGGUACCGCGGUGCUGGUGAACUGUGUUAAAAGCUUCCCGCAAAACCGAGGCAGUGUCCUCGGUCUUGCCAAGGGUUACAUGGGUCUUAGUGGCGCCAUUUUCACGCAGCUCUACCAUGCUUUCUAUGGUGACAACCUCGAUGCUCUCAUUCUCUUCAUUGCUUGGCUUCCGGCCGCCAUUUGCUACGUCUUGCUUCCAGCAUUCCGGGCUAUAGAUAAGACCCCACCACAACAGGAGAACGAAAACAAAGUUUUUUACAAGUUUCUGUACCUUUCACUAGGCCUUGCAGGGUUUCUGAUGGUACUCAUCAUUGUGCAGAACAAGAUCAACUUUCUAAGGGUUGAGUACAUUGUGUGUGCCAUGGUGGUUCUUUUCUUACUUCUUCUCCCACUUGCUUUGGUGUUUACAGAGGAGUUCAGGAUCUGGACCCAAAAGAUUCAAAAGAAACAAAAUCAAAACUUGUUCAAUGAUGAUUCACAAUUGAAAGUAGCUGUGGAUUUGAAUCUGAAUUUGCAGAAGGAAGCACCAACUGCCCCAAGUACAACAACAACACCACAAAAGAAAAUUUGUGGUCUGAAUUUUACAAGCAAAAUGCUGAAACCCCCACAUAGGGGUGAAGAUUACACCAUCUUACAAGCUUUGUUGAGCAUUGAUAUGUGGGUUCUGUUGAUUUCAACAACUAUUGGAAUUGGUGGGACAUUGACUGCACUUGACAAUUUGGGACAAAUUGGGAACUCUUUGGGGUACCCCAAGAAGAGUCUUACAACAUUUGUGUCCCUUGUGAGUAUAUGGAACUAUCUUGGAAGAGCAAUGUGUGGCUAUGCCUCUGAAUACUUGUUAUCUAAAUACAGAUUCCCUCGUCCAUUGAUGUUAACUCUGGUAAUGCUUCUCUCUUGUGUUGGCCAUCUCUUGGUAGCGUUCGGUGUGCCGAACUCUCUCUACAUUGCUUCUCUGAUUAAUGGGUUUUGCUUUGGGGCUUUAUGGCCUUUAAUGUAUGCCAUCAUAUCUGAGAUUUUUGGCCUCAAAUACUACUCAAUUUUGCUUCAUUUUGGAACCAUGGCAAGCCCUCUUGGGUCUUACUUGCUCAAUGUGAGAGUGGCUGGUUAUCUUUAUGAUAAGGAGGCUUUGAAGCAAUUGCAUAUGAAGGGGCUCACAAGGCAAGCAGGGAAGGAGUUAAAUUGUUCAGGAGUGGAGUGUUAUAAGAUGGCUUUUUUCAUAAUCACAGCAUCCACUUUGGUAGGUUGUUUUUCUUCUAUCGUUUUGGUGUUAAGGACCAGGAAGUAUUACAAAAGUGUCACAUAUGAAAAGUUUAGAGCAGUGGAAGCAGAGAAAGCAGAGACCAGUGCAGUUGCUACUCCAGCUGCCACCACCACAAGUCACUCGUAAAAUGAAGAAAAACUUCUCCAUGCCUUCCUAAUUGUUGUAUUCUCUCUUAAUUAGCAAAUAAGUGACUGUUGAGUGUAACAAAUGUCAUGUUGUCACAAAUAUAUUGAAAUUUGAUAUUUGCAUUUUAGUAA